CUGAAAUUUAAAAUAAAUUGGCAUCAAUUCCGAUCACGACAGCAAGCGUUUAACACAUAGUUUAGUCGCGCACAAAAAUCUCUGAUUCGAGUUCGUAUGGAAUUAACGCCGUAGUGUAUAUUAUUUUUGAUAAUAAUAUUAAAGUGAUAUUGUAAUAACUUGAUAUGAUUAAUCAUAAAUUAUAUUAAAUUAAAAUAUGACUAAAUAGGAAUAUAAUAGUUUGUGUAGAUGUGUGUGUGACUUAGGAUACCUUAAGCAGCGACAGCAACAACAACAACAGCACAUUAUCAUAAACGAAACAAGCCGAAAAUAGAGCGUGCGUUUUGAAAAAUAUAAAUAAAAAUUAUAACCAACCAAAUAUUAAAUAAAUUUAUAAACUAUGGCAAACUUUGAGAUAUAUCACGACGGAAAAGAAAAUCCACAAGGUCCAUUUAAAGAAAAGGGAGCAACUGGUCUUGGACUUGGUAAAAGCAAUGUAAAUUUACGCAUUGGUGGCGGCACUAAAGUUGCUUUUCGUGAUGUUGGUAAUGUAAAGCAGAAGGAUGAAGCUGAUGCCGGUAAAAAGCAUAACUUUGUACCUGUGGUUGAUCAAUUUAAGAACUUUACGGUCUUCGAAGAUCCAAAAGAUAUAGAGCAACCAAAGCAAAUACGUUCCAAUGUCAACGUUAAGCAACAAGCUAAUGUUGGUGGUAUUGUUGUUGAUAAGGAAAAUAUUCGCCAUGAGAAAGCUGUGCCAGGAAAAAUUGCCGCUGCUAUUCACAAGGAAUUUGGUGCUGGAGAUGAAUAUGAUUAUGUUUUGAAUACAACACCAAUGUCCGUAUCCGAAGUUUUGUCUCCAAUGUCGGUUGAUAAUUCUAUGAUUCUUCAAAAUAGUAUCGACGAUAACAAUUCAAAGGAAAUUGUUAAUCAAUCAAAGCAAAAGCUACGUAAUGAUCGCGAACGUUUCUAUGACAUUCCGGAGUACCAAUUGGAUAUCCUGGAAUAUUUUCGUGAAAGUGAGCUUAAACAUCGUGCUAAGCCGCACUACAUGAAGCGUCAAACCGAUAUCAAUCAUUCAAUGCGCACAAUUUUAGUUGAUUGGCUUGUGGAGGUCUCUGAAGAGUACAAUUUGGACACUGAGACAUUGUACUUAUCUGUUUCGUACAUAGAUAGAUUUCUGUCGCAAAUGUCAGUUGUACGCAGCAAAUUGCAAUUGGUUGGCACUGCUGCUAUGUACAUCGCUGCAAAAUAUGAGGAAAUUUAUCCUCCGGAUGUUUCUGAAUUUGUAUUUAUAACCGAUGACACUUAUAACAAGGCUCAAGUUCUAAGAAUGGAACAAAUUAUUUUAAAGAUCCUAGCUUUCGACUUGUGCACCCCUACUACUAACGUGUAUUUGAACACCUACUUUGUGCUAAAUGAGACUACAGAACAGGUUAAUAUGCUAGCAAAGUAUAUUUGUGAAUUAUCACUUUUGGAAGCUGAUCCUUACUUGAAGUAUUACCCUUCUCAAGUAUCUGCGGCAUCGUUGGGCUUGGCAAGAUAUAUUUUAGACUACCCUAUGUGGUCUAGUGAAUUAGAAGUUGUGACAAAAUAUAGCUUAGUUGAUUUGAAAGAAAUUAUAUUGAAUUUGUGUAAAUCUCACAAAGCUGCUGCAACUUUAUCACAACAAGCUAUACAAGAAAAAUACAAGUCUGCCAAGUAUAAGCAAGUUUCUACUAUAGCACCUGUUGAAUUGUCAGAAGAGGAUUUUGAUACAAUUGUUAAGACUUAUUAUGCAUCCGAUUUAGAUGAUACCAGUAUGGAAGAGGAAACAACUGGCAAUCCUGUUUUAGCUGAUAGUGCAAAUAUUCGUAAAAUGAUUUCAUCGCUGAUGUAUAAGUAAAAGUACAGAGACACUCAAUGAAAAAUACAACACUUAGUCUAAAAAUAUUUUUUGUUUAUAUAUAAUUAUAUUUUUAAUUUGUUUAAAUUAAUUUAAAAUGUAACUUUAAUGCAGUUACAUAUACAUACAAACAGGAUAGUACGUCAAUCCAAUUCGAUAACUGAAUUUGUUGAAUUUUUAAUACGCUUUUUUAUUCUAUUUAUUUUACUCCUUGUUUAUAUUUUGUGUAAAUGUUUAUAUCUUUGUCAGUCUCCGUAACCAUAAAAAUUACAAGAAUUUUUCACAUUUUUAAAAAUAUUUUACUCAAAUUUACUAUUUAAGAACAGCAAUUUAAGAAGUAAUAUCUGUGAAAAAAAACAAACAUAUUUGACAAAACUUAAUAACCAUUAACAAAAUAUA